AUUACUAUGAUCGGACGUUGUGUGCGGGUCGUCUUACAUCGUCAUCAGCUGGUUUUUGCUUACGUUUUGGUGAUAAACCACAACGAACACAAAAUCAUUCGUUUCACAAUUAUUGAUGUCGGACCCCCACGGUAACGCGAUAUUGUGACUGUGGUUGUUAGCGACACGUACGACGCAUCAGACUCCGUUCGCUGACCGCCCCUCUUCCCACCGAGCCGAUGAGCGUGCCGCUCUCGUGACCGAACGGCUCUAGCACUGAAAAGUGCAAACGUACGCACGACACGUCGUCCGACGAGUCUGCGUGAAGAUGGACGACGCCAAAAUGCACAAGCUGAACGGCGUGAUUGAACAUUACAAAAGACACAUCGGCAGGGCCACCGAAUCCAACGACAACGACAAGAUAAUGAACUGUAUAACUAAGCUUUCUCGACUUCCUAUCACUGUCCAAAAUUUACAAAAUACUGGAAUCGGCCGAGUAGUUAAUAACUUAAGAAAAUAUGAUGGCAACAUUGGGGAAUCAGCAAAAACUUUAGUCAUUCAAUGGAAAAAUGUAGUAAAAAUUGAAGAAACUGAAAAUUUUUAUCGAACAGAUGAUAACUCUGAUGAAGAACAUGAUGAUGAUGUAUCAUCGCCAAAAGAUAAUGAAGAAUUUAUCGAUGAACCAGAAAUAACCAAUAAAAGUAACGAUGAUUCAAGUGACCAUGAAUCAUCUCACCACAAACAUCAUGAAAAAUCCAAACACAAAAAAAGUAAAAAAGAUAAGGGCAGUAAAAAACGAAAGGAAUCUUAUUCUACUUCAACAGACGAUCAAGGAGAUGGACAUGUCUUGAAGAAAGUGAAAAAAGAUUAUAAGUACGAAAAUGUUAAAGUUAAAACAGAAAUAGAAAAAUGUAAGAUUGCACAAAAUGUUGCAACAACUUCUCAUAAAGAAAAUAAUAAUAGUUAUGAAGAAAGUACUAAAAAAGAGAAAAAAAGUUCACAUUCAGACAAAAAAAAAGAUAAGCAUAAAUCGUCUCACAAAUCUGAAUCUAAAUCUCACUCCCACAAGGAGAAAAACGAAUCAAAGUCAUCUGGUCAUAAGGAUAAAAGUGAUUCAAAAAAAAAUAUUAAGGAUAAAGUCAAGGAAGAAUCAAAGCCUUCAACUAGUACUAAUUUUACUAGUAGUAGCAAAACAUUUGAAGAAGCUUUACUAGGUAUACCAGUCAAAAAGAAACAAAUUAAAUCCAAGCAUAGAGACAGAUCAAGGUCUUCAGAGCGUGAAUUUAGUUCUGCACCACCAAGUCCAUUGGCACCAUUUAAUUUAGAUCCUGAAGAAUUAAUUGCUAACUAUAAACCAUUAUCUCAAUUAGAUGUAAAGAAAAAGAAAAUGCCAGAGGAUCUCGAUCCGUUAGCUAAAAUAAUGACCACAAAAAAUAUGAGGACAAAAGUGUACUCUGGAAAUAAGAGUACAAUCUACACUGAAGUUCCUAGAUUACUUGAUUUCUGUAUCCAAACUAUUAAGGACAAUUUAGAUGCUUUGGAAUACACUGGUGGAGUUCCGUUUAGUAUACUUGAGCCAAUAUUGAAACACGCUAGCCCUGAUCAGCUGUAUAACUUAGAACAGUACAAUUACUAUUUGAUUGAAGAUACUGGAGUAUUGUGGGAGUACCAUUGCAAAAAGGAGUUUCGUAAUAAAGUUCCAGAUAAAAAUGAACCAUGGAGAAAUUUUUAUAUACGAUGCCUAGAAGAACGUGAAACAAAAUUGGCCAAAUUACGGCAGAACAUAAACGCGAAUCAAGCCGCGUCCACGCCUGUCAGAAAAACGCAACUAGCAUACGUCGACUCGGCUGUAAAACCACCUCGUGGCGUUGCUAAAAAACAGGCUAAAUUCCAAACGGCUUCCUCGGACAUUAAGCGUAAUAUCUUAAACAAAUCGAUGAUGGGAGGACAUUCUACUGCAGAAGCACUGUCCGCCAGUAAGAGAUCAACCACCAUGGCUACCGGGGUACCAAUCGCCUUGACUUCUCCACAUACGUCGUCCAGCGCGAUGAAAAAGAAAAAAGCUCCUUUGAUGCAAAAGGCGUUACAACUCAUAAAAUCUUCACGCAGACGUUAAAUUACUUCAUAAUUUACUUGAAAUAAUAGCAUUUCCUACAUACAUACAUUUAUAAUAUUAUAUACAUUAUAAUUUAAAAUGUGUCCGCCACAAAGGUUCUAAGGUUUGAUAAUAUGUUAUCUGUGAUGAAUUGAAUUCUGAAUUUACUUUAUUUUUUAAUUCUUAAAUAGCAUUAAGAUUGCGUAAUGUGAACACGUUAUUCUAUUAUAGAUGUAAUUUAUAAACACGGUCAUUGUAAUUCUAAUUAAUUAUUGUAAUACUGUAUUUAAGUAUAUAAAGUAUUGAUUCUAUUUUUAAUACCUAUUACCUAGACAUAGUUAGGUACCAUAAUUUCCUGUUAUUAUGUAUACAUUUUUUGUCAACAUAUUGUGCGUUUAAUUACUAAACAUUAAACAUUUUUAAAAUGUUAUUUAAUUCGCCGUAUCGGUCGUCCAGCUUUAUGUAUGAUAAUUAUAUAUUGUAACACGCUGAGCGACGAGUUGUAGCUGUUACGUAUAAUAAUAAUAUAAUAUACAAUUAUACAAAUA